UGGACAUGUUUCGUGCGCAAUAAAAAUGGCUAGUGCACCCCUCAGGCCCUUGGUGGCUAUCAUAGGCGCUACAGGGACUGGAAAAUCCGAUCUUGCCGUCGAUGUGGCGCGAAAUUUCAAUGGAGAAAUUAUCAACGGAGAUGCCAUGCAACUCUACCGGGGAUUACCUAUCAUCACCAACAAAAUUCCUGAAGACGAAAAGAAAGGCAUUACUCAUCAUCUGCUAGGCCGCAUUGGACUUGAAGAAGAAACUUGGACUGUGGGGAAGUUCGUUCAAAAGGCACUGGUCGUGAUAGAUGAAAUCCGAAGUCGUGGAAAGCUUCCCAUUCUCGUGGGAGGGACGCACUACUAUACUCAGUCUCUCCUAUUCCAGGAUGCACUGGCUGAUGCACCCCUUAAAGCAGUCAACAUGGCAAAACCGGACUUGUCGAUUCUAAGUGAGCCAACUGAUGUGAUUCUGAAGAAAUUAAAAGAGGUGGACCCAGUCAUGGCGGAUCGAUGGCACCCAAAUGAAAGAAGAAAGAUCCAACGCUCACUGGAAAUGUUCCUAAAAUCAGGGCAACCAGCUUCGCAGAUCUAUGAUAAGCAACGAAUCAAGCAAAACAUCUCCUCAAAUGAAGGAGCUCCCGGUAGCAACCAGCCAAUCAAACUCGGACCCACACUUAGAUUUCCUACCCUUGUGCUCUGGGUUCAUGCCUCCAAAGACGUCUUAUAUCCGCGACUAGAUAACCGCAUCACGAAGAUGCUGAACCAAGGGCUCCUUUCCGAGGUCGAAGCUCUCAACUCAUUCCGAGCAUCCUUGGAAGCUCUCACCGGCACCCCCAUUGACCAGACUCGUGGUAUAUGGGUCUCUAUCGGAUACAAACAGUUCUUGGGUUAUAAAUCUGCUCUUAAUGGCGGUUUGGCUGUAGAUGCAGAGCUAGAGACAUUAAAGAUGACAGCCAUAGAGCAGACACGGUCGGCCACGCGACAGUAUGCGAAUCGCCAGAUUCGUUGGAUCCGAAUCAAACUUUUGAAUGCCCUUCAUAAUGCUGGGCAGAAGAACAAUACAUUCCUGUUAGAUGGGUCAGAUCAAGCUACUUGGGAAGAGAAAGUCCUUUGGCCAGCGAGAGAUAUCACAGAACGGUUCAUUUCCGGUAGCUCACUUCCCUCCCCAACGGAUCUCUCCACAACCUCGAGCGAAAUGCUGAAUCCAAAACGAGACUAUGAUCUAGCACAACGACCAGAUCUUUGGCAAAAGAGGAUAUGUGAAAUGUGUGGAAUCGUGGCUGUUACUCAACAUGAUUGGAAUCUUCACCUCAAAAGCCGUAGGCACAGACGAGCUGUGAAGAAGCAAGAAAAUGCAGAACAUACUCAACAGGAAAAGGUCAAUGGCAGACAAGUGGAUAUAGCCGAUCCUGCUCUUGUGUUAGUACCUUAGUCUACUAU